AUGUUUUCAGUUUGCGGUCAUGUAUUAGUUCUAAACUAUUUGGAGGAUUCGUUGAAAAAUUCAAGUGAAUUUAAGGCAUACCGGUGUCAUACGUUAAGCGAUUGCGAGAAAAAAAUCGUUGAUGACAAAGAACCAACUAUUAAUAUGGACAUAUACAUGCCAAAUUCAACCAGAGGAUUGUAUUCCAUAAUACCAUGUAAAAAGAAUUUCAAAAUGUACUCACGUUUCUUCUUACAAUAA